AUGACAUUUUCCAGGUUCCAAGCUAGAAGACUGGACAUGCAAAAGCAGUUGAAGAAGGUCUUAGCCAUUCUCGACAAGGAGGGUCUUGCUGUACCAAACUCAGAGACCCGCCUCAAGAUCGUUUUGCAUUUGCACAAAUAUGCUGCUACUCUCGACCAAAUGAAAGCCAUUACAGCCUUGAUUUGGGCGAUGGAUCCUCUCUUGGGUGACGUCCAUCCUAGUCAUUGUGGCCCUAAAUCGAUCUAUUCUCUGGGUCUGCAAUACAGCAAUCUUGUCAGGAGAUCUCCGCUUUGUCUAAAGACGCAAAUGAAUUCCGUUGUUGACAUUCCGGAUCCCUGGGACAACCUUCUGUCCCCCAACCGAUGCCCGCUGGAACUUCUAGCUCACCCUGGAGAGUUGAGAGAGGAAAAUUAUGCCAGUGGUGUUGACGUGAUACUCGGUGCCGACUCUAUUGGCGAACUCACCCGUCGUCUAAACGUCACGAUCCAAGACUUCUAA